UAGACUGUGUGAGUCGUAGCAGCAUUCUCAUACUGGACUGGGUCUAUUCUCUAAUUGCCAUGGCAGUAAAGUUAUCACUUCCUCAAACCUUACUGGAAAUAAAGGUCAUGUCUGUCGGGGAUUUCACUGGGGAGGGAACCUCAGGCCUCUCCUCUGUAGGGAUGAGGUCCCGGAGCAAUGGUGUGGAAAGUCCACCCAAUGGGCAAAUUUGCAUCUCCCAGCCAAACAGGAAUUUGGAGGAGGAUGAAGGAAGUUCCCAGGGCUCCAAGAAGAAGAAGAACAAAUCUCGACAGCAGAAAGAAGGAGAGGUCAUGGUUUCAGGCACUGUGAAAAGACAGCUGAAGACCUUGGAGGACAGCGUCCAAAACAACAAGUUGCUUGAACUUUCCAAAGAUGAUCUUCUUCGUCUCCUUGGCAUAAUGGAAGGAGAAGUACAGGCACGAGAGGAUAUCAUUCACAUGCUGAAGACAGAGAGGACCAAGCCUGAGGUGCUGGAAGCUCAGUAUGGCUCCUCAGUCCCAGACAAGGCUCUGCGUGCGUUACACAGGGACGCUGUCCUCACCAAAGCAACAUCCAUAGGAGACGAUGUGUAUGAGACACCCAUGGCAGAGCUGGACAGGCUGGAGGAUAAACACAGGGAGACGUACCGCCGCAUGCUGGAGCAGCUCCUGCUGGCAGAGAAGUGUCACCGGCGCACCGUGAACGAACUGGAGAAUGAGAAGCGGAAGCACAACGACUACAUGAACAAGAGUGACGACUUCACCAACCUCCUGGAGCAGGAGCGAGAGAGAUUAAAACGGCUUUUAGAACAAGAAAAAGCCUACCAGACGCGCAAAGAAAAGGAGCACAACAAGAGACUCAAUAAAGUGAGAGAGGAGCUGGUGAAGCUCAAGUCCUUUGCACUGAUGCUGGUGGACGAAAGGCAGAUCCAUAUCGAGCAGAUUGAUCAACAAACACAGAAGGUGCAGGACCUGAGUCAGAAGCUACAGGAAAAAGAACAAAAACUGAAAGCUGCCAACAGUAAAACAAAAGAGGACUGCCAGAAGAUCCUGAAGCUUGAAACCAACCUGGAGCACAAGUCCAUAAAGUUUGUGCAGGAGCAUGAGGAGAUGACGGCCAAGCUAGCCAAUCAGGAGUCUCAGAACCAUCAGCUGAGGCUGAAGCUGGCCGGACUGACACGCAGGAUCGAGGAGCUGGAGGAAACAAACAAGGUUCUUCAGAAGGCAGAGGAAGAGCUACAGAAACUGAGAAACAAGAUAAGCACGGGAGGAAGUGGGAACUCAAGCCUCAUGACAGAGGUGGAGAACCUCCGCAAGAGAGUGCUGGAGAUGGAGGGGAAAGAUGAAGAGAUAACAAAGACAGAAUCCCAGUGCAGGGAGCUGAAGAAAAAACUGCAAGAGGAAGAGAAUCACAGCAAAGAGUUAAAGCAUGAAGUGGAAAAACUGCAGAAGAGGAUGGUGGAACUUGAAAAAUUAGAAGGGGCCUUCAGUGUUAGCAAAUCUGAAUGCACACAGCUACACGCUAGCUUGGAGAAAGAGAAGAGCCUGAGCAAAGAUUUGAUCAAUGAGUUAGAAGUCGUGAAAGCUCAGGUGAAAGAUCUCGAGGCUUUAGAGUUGAGACUGGAAAAAACAGAAUUAAGCUUAAAGGAUGACCUGACAAAGCUAAAGUCUUUUACAGUCAUGUUGGUAGAUGAAAGAAAAAAUAUGUCAGAAAAGCUUAAACAGGAGGAAAAAAAGGCCAAUGGUUUAAACCAAAUGGUUAAGACUGAACAAAGCAAGGUUAUGGAAGUGACUGAGAAGCUUAUAGAAGAAAGCAAAAGGCUACUGAAAUUAAAGUCUGAGAUGGAAGAAAAGAUGUCUGGCCUUACAAAAGAGAAAGAGGAGCUACAGAUCAAUCUUAGGAAUGAGGAAGAGAAGUCAAACGACUUGAACUGUAAGGUUGGCCUCAUGAAAAAGAGACUUGACACUCUUGAAGAAGCUGAACGGGAGGCAGCUAGAAGCAGGGCUAAGAAAGAGUUUGGUAGGCAUACCGAAGCAACUGGACAAGAAGACAACAAGGUUACAGAGCUAACACUUGAAAUUGAAAGACUGAAAAACCGUCUAAAACAGUUGGAGGUGGUAGAAGGUGACCUGAUGAAAACAGAGGAUGAAUAUGACUUGUUGGAUAAAAAGUUUAGAACUGAACACGACAAGGCCAACCUUCUUUCUCAACAGCUGGAAGAAAUGAAAAGUCAAAUUGCCAGGAACAAAGCAAUAGAAAAGGGAGAAGCGGUGAGCCAAGAAGCAGAGUUACGCCAACGGUACAAGAUGGAGGAGGUGAAAACCAGAGAUCUGCAGGCAGAUGUUCAGGCCCUGAAGGAAAAGAUUCAUGAGCUGAUGAACAAAGAAGAUCAGCUUUCUCAGCUACAGGUUGAUUAUUCUGUCCUUCAGAAGAGGUUUAUAGAAGAAGAAAACAAAAAGAAAAACAUGAGCGUGGAGGUUCUGAACUUGACCAAAGAGCUGGAGAUUACAAAACGCUACAGUCGCGCUCUCAGACCUAGCAUGAAUGGCAGGAGGAUGGUAGAUGUUCCAGUGACAUCUACCGGAGUGCAGACAGAUUCAGUAGCCAAUGAAACAGCUGAGGAGGACACGCCUGCUGUAUUCAUAAGAAAAUCAGUUCAGGAAGAGAACCACAUUAUGAGCAACCUGCGCCAAAAGGGCCUGAAGAAGCCGAUGGAACGGCCAGCUGUGCUUGACCGCUACCCUCCUGCAACCAGUGAGCUUAGCAUGAGAAAGUCAUGGAUUCCCUGGAUGAAGAAAAAGGAACACGGUCCUCAGUCUGUCCCAGAAAAAGCAACGCAAACUAAUGGGAACUCGGCACGGGCUGAAGUGGUGGUUUCACAAAAACAAGGCCAGCCCUUACAUAUCCGUGUCACACCCAACCAUGAACACAGCACAGCAACGUUGGAGAUAACCAGUCCAACUUCAGAGGACUUCUUUUCAAGUGCCACUGUAAUUCCUACACUAGGGCUUCAGAAACCGCGAAUCACAAUCAUACCAACUCCCAGUGCGAGUUCACAGAAGAGCAAAACAGGGGAAACCCUUUGGUCUGCAGAGCGUGCUAUGUCUCCUGUUACAAUCACCACUACAUCAAAGGGGAAAUCCCCAGAAACAGGCAAAACACCUUUUACCGAUAGACCCUUAUCGCCUAUCCAGAUGAUGACAGUGUUUACAUCAGCAGCGUCCGAUGUUUCAGUGUCUCCAGAACCGCAGGAGAUGACCAUGGGACGCGCUGUUUUCAAGGUAACCCCAGAGAAACAGACCGUGCCCACACCAAUCAGAAAGUACAGCUCCAAUGCCAAUAUUAUAACUACAGAGGACAACAAAAUUCACAUUCACUUGGGGCCCCAGUUCAAAAGAUCUUCCACUGCUUCCUCAGAGAACCCUAAUCCCACAAUCACUGUUCGGCCUGUUACCGUGACAACUGAAAACAAUGAAGUUACGACAGGUACUGUCUUGCGUUCUCCUCGUCAUAACACAGCCCCCAAGACUGGCACCAGUAAAAUGACAAGCAGCAUCACUAUAACAGCUGUUAGCACUGCCUCUACCAGACCUACGCAGUCAGUGCCAGGGCAGGAAGGGCCACCAGCUCGCCCUGCACCCACACGCAUCCCGAUGACAAAAGGUAUGAAAGCAGGGAAACCAGUUUUAGGAGCCAUGGGAGCAGCAAAUAUGGCAAAAUUAGAGUCCCGGUCCGAUAGCCAGUCAAUGAAAAUUGAAGUGAAGAAGUCUGUAGUCAGCAGCUCUAACCCUCUGGCUGGAGGAAAGGGCUGAGGAAUGGAGCCUGUGGAGGGAAAGCAUUGCUAUACAUCAAAUGGAAAUGCCCUCACGAUGAAGCAUUGCUAUAGAUCAAAUGGAAAUGCCCUCACGAUGAAGCAUUGCUAUAGAUCAAAUGGAAAUGCCCUCACGAUGAAGCAUUGCUAUACAUCAAAUGGAAAUGCCCUCACGAUGAAGCAUUGCUAUACAUCAAAUGGAAAUGCCCUCACGAUGAAGCAUUGCUAUAGAUCAAAUGGAAAUGCCCUCACGAUGAAGCAUUGCUAUAGAUCAAAUGGAAAUGCCCUCACGAUGAAGCAUUGCUAUAGAUCAAAUGGAAAUGCCCUCACGAUGAAGCAUUGCUAUAGAUCAAAUGGAAAUGCCCUCACGAUGAAGCAUUGCUAUAGAUCAAAUGGAAAUGCCCUCACGAUGAAGCAUUGCUACAGAUCAAAUGGAAAUGCCCUCACGAUGAAGCAUUGCUAUAGAUCAAAUGGAAAUGCCCUCACGAUGAAGCAUUGCUACAGAUCAAAUGGAAAUGCCCUCACGAUGAAGCAUUGCUAUAGAUCAAAUGGAAAUGCCCUCACGAUGAAGCAUUGCUAUACAUCAAAUGGAAAUGCCCUCACGAUGAAGCAUUGCUAUACAUCAAAUGGAAAUGCCCUCACGAUGAAGCAUUGCUAUACAUCAAAUGGAAAUGCCCUCACGAUGAAGCAUUGCUAUACAUCAAAUGGAAAUGCCCUCACGAUGAAGCAUUGCUACAGAUCAAAUGGAAAUGCCCUCACGAUGAAGCAUUGCUACAGAUCAAAUGGAAAUGCCCUCACGAUGAAGCAUUGCUAUAGAUCAAAUGGAAAUGCCCUCACGAUGAAGCAUUGCUACAGAUCAAAUGGAAAUGCCCUCACGAUGAAGCAUUGCUAUAGAUCAAAUGGAAAUGCCCUCACGAUAAAGCAUUGCUAUAGAUCAAAUGGAAAUGCCCUCACGAUGAAGCAUUGCUAUAGAUCAAAUGGAAAUGCCCUCACGAUGAAGCAUUGCUAUAGAUCAAAUGGAAAUGCCCUCACGAUGAAGCAUUGCUACAGAUCAAAUGGAAAUGCCCUCACGAUGAAGCAUUGCUACAGAUCAAAUGGAAAUGCCCUCACGAUGAAACGACGCUGAUGCUGCCAUGUUUCCAGUACUUCACCUGGCAUCCUGUGGGAUGAAGCCGUGCUGUAGGCCUCAAGCCAACAUGGUCAACACAGUUUUAUGCUACUGCUGACAGGGCGCUGGGGGUGGGACAGCGUGGCUUCCAUCAUAUACAGGAGUUACAGUUUUGUUCAAUGGCUUUCAGCACUCCCACUAUAAAAAAAGGUUCCAGCGCCACUGACUACUGAUUACAACCUUUAAAAACGUACACACAUUAAAUAACACCAAUGAGCUUAACACAGGAACAUCCUUACAGGGUUUAUUACAACUAUGAUACCAUUGUCUGUUUAAAUUAUAUUAAGAAGUCUACAUUUUUUAUUUUAACAUUUUAAUAUAGAUCGUAUAAUGCAAGAGCAGAGAUGGGCGGGUCACAAAUGUUCUGCUUUGAAUUUCAGGCCCGUUUUUUGGACUAUUGUUAUUCUAUUUUAAUAGCUGCUAGGCUCACAGCAAGCAUGCCUUUGCAAUGUCUGAAUGAAACAAUAUCCAUAAACCAAAUAUUUACUUAUUAAAUGUUUUGUCAGUACUACCGUUCUUUUGCAGAACCCUAGCCCUUUCUAGCCGACUUCUUAGGCUGAUUUUGAUCUGUGGUAAAGCACAAUGUCCAAACAGGUUUGACUCACUCACCUCUGACAGGAAGGAGAUGCGUGACUCUCGCUAUUACAUAACCACAAUGUUUUGUUCAUAGUGUUCUUUGCUCAAAAUGCUUUAAACAAUAAAAGUUUGUAAAGUCUG